AUGUACGACUAUGACACAACCGACCACCGCACAAAGCAAUGCGGUACAACGGCGGCGGAAGCGCGUGCCCGCGGCUGUCACUUUGACCCCGUCAGCUUCGCGUGGCUCCCGGAGAGCUGCCUCGAUCGCGAGCUGGCCGAUGAGUUCCGAACUCUCAACUGGACCCUGUACGCAGACGCCAACGCCACCAGGGUCAAGUCGGAGGAGGAUUUCUCCAAUGACAUGACCGAUACGUUUCUGACCAACGAGAACCACGUGCUUCACUGCGUCUACUCGUGGCGGCGGAUGCACAGGCUAAUUCGCGCCGGCAAGCAACUGCAUUCGGGGCUGAGUUUUGAUCAUACCAUCCAUUGCGGUCAUGUGCUUACUGCGCAAAGGCCGCCCAAAGCUAUUAUUACAAAGGCACUUGUGAUUUAUCCCGCUUGUUAG